CACCAGGGCACACUGAUCAGUACAGGCCAAGAACUCAGACCACAGCAACUAAGCCCAGGCCUAGUCGGUCCUGGCUGGCCUGGGUGAGUUUCUGGAGUAUGGUCUGGCUGGGCUCCUUUUUCCUGUUGCCUGUUCUCUUCUUGGCCUCUCAUGUUGGUGCAGCGGUGGACCUGACACUACUGGCCAACUUGCGCCUCACCGACCCGCAGCGUUUCUUCCUGACCUGUGUGUCCGGAGAGGCGGGAGCAGGGAGGGGCUCGGACGUCUGGGGUCCACCCCUGCUGCUGGAGAAGGACGACCGCAUCGUGCGCACCCUCCCGCCGGGACAGCCCCUGCACGUGGUGCGCAACGGCUCCCACCAGGUCACCCUGCGGGGCUUCUCCAAGCCCUCCGACCUGGUGGGCGUCUUCUCCUGCCUGGGCGGGUCCGGGACACGUCGCACGCGGGUCCUCUACGUGCACAACAGCCCCGGGGCCCACCUGUUCCCAGACAAGGUCACGCACACAGUGAACAAAGGCGACACCGCUGUGCUUUCUGCCCGGGUGCACAGGGAAAAGCAGACGGAUGUCAUCUGGAAGAACAACGGAUCCUAUUUCCAUACCCUGGACUGGCAUGAAGCCCAGAAUGGGAGAUUCUUGCUGCAGCUCCAAAAUGUACAGCCACCAUCAAGCGGCAUCUACAGUGCCACCUACCUGGAAGCUAGCCCCCUAGGCAGUGCCUUCUUUCGGCUCAUCGUGCGGGGCUGUGGGCCCAGACGCUGGGGACCAGGGUGUGCCAAGGAAUGCCCAGGCUGCCUGCACGGAGGUGUCUGCCAUGACCAUGAUGGGGAGUGUGUGUGUCCCCCCGGAUUCACCGGUACCCGCUGUGAGCAGGCCUGCAGAGAGGGCCGUUUUGGGCAGAGCUGCCAGGAGCAAUGUGCAGGCACAGCAGGCUGUCGGGGCCUCACUUUCUGCCUCCCAGACCCCUAUGGCUGUUCUUGUGGAUCUGGCUGGAGAGGAAGCCAGUGCCAGGAAGCCUGUGCCCCUGGUUAUUUUGGGGCUGAUUGCCGCCUUCAGUGCCAGUGUCAGAAUGGUGGCACUUGUGACCGUUUCAGUGGCUGUGUUUGCCCCUCUGGGUGGCAUGGAGUACACUGUGAGAAGUCAGACCGGAUCCCCCAGAUCCUCAACAUGGCCUCAGAACUGGAGUUCAACUUAGAGACGAUGCCACGGAUCAACUGUGCAGCUGCAGGAAACCCCUUCCCAGUACGGGGCAGCAUAGAGCUACGAAAGCCAGAUGGCACCGUGUUCCUGCCUACCAAAUCCAUUGUGGAGCCAGACAGGACCACAGCUGAAUUCGACGUACCCCGCUUGGCUCUUGGGGACAGCGGGCUGUGGGAAUGCCGUGUGUCCACAUCUGGUGGCCAAGACAGCCGGCGAUUCAAGGUCAAUGUCAAAGUACCCCCAGUGCCUUUGACAGCACCUCGGCUCCUGGCCAAGCAGAGCCGCCAGCUCGUGGUCUCCCCACUGGUCUCAUUCUCUGGAGAUGGACCCAUCUCCUCUGUCCGCCUGCACUACCGGCCCCAGGACAGCAUGAUGGCCUGGUCUGCCAUUGUGGUGGACCCCAGUGAGAAUGUCACAUUAAUGAAUCUGAGGCCGAAGACAGGAUACAGUGUCCGAGUACAGCUAAGCCGGCCAGGGGAAGGAGGAGAGGGGAACUGGGGGCCUCCUACCCUCAUGACCACGGAUUGUCCUGAGCCCUCGUUGCAGCCAUGGCUGGAGGGCUGGCAGGUGGAGAGCCCUGACCGGCUGCGAGUGAGCUGGUCCUUACCCUCGGUACCCGGGCCCCUGGUGGGUGACGGUUUCCUGCUGCGUCUAUGGGAUGGAGCACGGGGGCAGGAGCGGCGGGAGAAUGUCUCGUCCCCCCAGGCCCGCACUGCCCUCCUGACUGGACUCACACCUGGCACCCACUACCAGCUGGAUGUGCGACUCUACCACUGCACCCUCCUGGGCCCUGCCUCACCCCCUGCACACGUCCUUCUGCCCCCCAGUGGAUCUCCAGUCCCCCGGCACCUCCAGGCCCAGGCCCUCUCUGACUCUGAGAUCCAGCUGACAUGGCAGCGACCAGAGGCCCUCUCUGGGCCUAUAUCCAAGUAUAUUGUGGAGGUUCAAGUGGCCGGAGGCUCAGGAGACCCACAGUGGAUGGAUGUGGACAGGCCCGAAGAGACAAGUACCAUUGUCCGUGGCCUCAAUGCCAGCACACGCUACUUGUUCCGUGUGCGAGCCAGCGUGCAGGGUCUUGGAGAUUGGAGCAACACAGUAGAAGAGGCCACCCUGGGCAAUGGGCUACAGAGUGAAGGCCCAGUCCAAGAGAGCCGGGCAGCUGAAGAGGGCCUAGAUCAGCAGCUGAUCCUGGCUGUAGUAGGCUCCAUCUCUGCCACCUGCCUCACCAUCCUGGCUGCUCUACUAGCCCUGGUGUGUAUCCGUAGAACCUGCCUACAUCGGAGGCGGACCUUCACCUACCAGUCAGGAUCAGGAGAAGAGACCAUUCUGCAGUUCAGCUCAGGAACCUUGACCCUGACCCGAAGGCCAAAACCUCAGCCAGAGCCCCUCAGUUACCCUGUGCUUGAGUGGGAAGAUAUUACCUUUGAGGAUCUCAUCGGGGAGGGGAACUUCGGGCAAGUCAUCCGGGCCAUGAUCAAGAAGGAUGGUCUCAAGAUGAAUGCAGCCAUCAAAAUGCUCAAAGAGUAUGCAUCAGAAAAUGACCAUCGGGACUUUGCAGGAGAACUAGAAGUUCUGUGCAAAUUGGGGCAUCAUCCUAACAUCAUCAAUCUCUUGGGGGCCUGUGAGAACCGAGGCUACUUGUACAUUGCUAUCGAAUAUGCCCCCUACGGGAACCUGCUAGAUUUUCUUCGGAAGAGCCGGGUACUGGAGACUGAUCCAGCUUUUGCCCGAGAGCAUGGCACAGCAUCCACCCUUAGCUCCAGGCAACUGCUGCGCUUUGCCAGUGAUGCUGCCAAUGGCAUGCAGUACCUGAGUGAGAAGCAGUUCAUCCACAGAGACCUGGCUGCCCGCAAUGUGCUAGUUGGAGAGAAUCUGGCUUCCAAGAUCGCAGACUUUGGUCUUUCUCGGGGGGAGGAGGUGUAUGUGAAGAAGACUAUGGGCCGUCUCCCUGUGCGCUGGAUGGCCAUAGAGUCUCUGAACUACAGUGUCUACACCACCAAGAGUGAUGUCUGGUCCUUUGGAGUCCUCCUCUGGGAGAUAGUGAGCCUUGGAGGUACCCCCUACUGUGGCAUGACCUGUGCUGAGCUCUAUGAAAAGCUGCCCCAGGGCUACCGCAUGGAGCAGCCUCGAAACUGUGACGAUGAAGUGUACGAGCUGAUGCGCCAGUGCUGGCGGGACCGUCCCUAUGAGCGCCCUCCAUUCGCUCAGAUUGCACUGCAGUUGGGCCGCAUGCUGGAAGCUAGAAAGGCCUAUGUGAACAUGUCGCUAUUUGAAAACUUCACUUAUGCGGGCAUUGAUGCCACAGCUGAAGAGGCCUGAACAACCCUGCCUCUCGCCAGAACCUCGCUCUGCUGGCCGGAGCAAAAUACUCUCCAGCCUGUGUCUUCUGUCCCGUCUAGACUUGGACCUGAGCUGCCUCAAAGAAUCAUUUUAAUUUAAGGGGGGAGGAGAGGAGACCCAGGAAAGGGGCAGCUGAGGAGAACAGGGUUCCCCCAUCCUUUGCAGCUGCUCUUACGGCUACCCUUCAUGCCCUUCUUUCCCAUUUAGCUGCACCAUAUAUGUGCUGCCCAUUCUGCUGAUCCCUAAGCCCCUACUUCAACUCCUUUGCCUAAGCCAGCCCACAUUCCACUAACAUGUCUGGUUCAGUUAUUCCUCCCUCACUGCCUUGUACUCAGAAAAAAUAAACGCUCUGAGAAGCUGCA